AUGAUAUCAGUCCAUCCAUUUCCAGAAGGUCAGACGCACGAAAAGUUCCCCGUUUAUUUAGAAGCCAAACUCCAAGAGAGCGGUGAAGAAGAGGGAUAUUAUCAUUCGGAAUCCCGUGAAAGUUGGGGCGGCAAUCAAAACGAACGCGAAUUUCGGAAAGUGUAUGACGAACAGUUCAUUAAGAAGUCAAAAUCCGAUAGUGAAAUCGAAGUGGAAGCAGAAGAUGGAAAAGAAUGGAAGACUCAAAGUAAGUCAGGUCGUUCAGAAAAGGAACGUUUACGUGACCAGACUUCAUGCAAAAGUUCUAAACCAAAAGACAAACAAAGCAAAACAGAAAGCGCGUUUUUGGAAGUUCCUUCUUCGUUUAGUUAUGAUGCUGUGAAUGGUGGUAAUGAUGAGCGAAAACGUAGGCAGUGGGAACAAAAAACUCACAAAAAGUACGACGAAAGCUUCAACAAAAGAUCUAGGUCCGAAAGCAAAAUUGUAAAAAAAGCAGACGAUGGAGAAGAAUGGAAAGUUGAAGCUAAGUCCAGUGAUCCUGACGACGAACGUUUUCAUGACCAUACUUCUUGUAGAAAUUCGAUGCAGAAAGAUGAACAAAAGAAAACAAAAACCGCGUCUUUGGAAGCUCCUUCUUCUUCUCAUUAUGAUGCGGUGAAUGGGGAACGAAAAUACAGGCAACACGAGCAUUAUUUUCAGAAAAGGUAUGACGGACACACCAUCAGGAAGUCUAAAUCCGAAAGUGAAAUCGAGGAAGAAGUAGGAGAUGAAAAAGAACGGGAGGUUCAAACGAAGUCAUGUAGUCCCGAGGUCGAACGUUCACGCGACUACACUUCUUGCAAAAGCUGGAGACCGAAGUACAAACAAAAGAAGACAAAAGAAGAUUUUCUGGAAGUCCCUUCUUCUUUUAGUUAUGAUGCGUUGAAUGGUGGUAAUAAUGAGGGAAAACGUAGGCAAUGCGAACAAAAAUUUCGUAAAAAGUGUGACGAAAAAUCCACUAAGAAGUCCAGAUCCGAAAGUGAAAUCGAGGAGGAAGCAGUUGAAGAUGAGAAAGAACGGGAGACUCAUACAAAGUCAGGUAGCACCGAAGAGCGUUUACGCGACCAUACUUCCUCGAGACCGAAAGAGAAGCAAAGGAAAACAGAAAGAAAAACUUUGGAAGCCCCUUCGUAUAGGUAUGAUACGGUUAAUGGUGGCAAGGAUGAACGAAAGCGUAGACUUUGCGGACAAACAUUUCGGAAAAGGAAUGAUGUAAACUCAAUCAAGAAGUCUAGAUCCGAAAGUGAAAUCGAAAAGGAAGUAGAACAUGAAAAAGAACGGAAUGCUCAAGCAAUGUCAGGUAGUCCUGAUGAAGAACAUUUGCGCGAUCAAAUCCCUAGCAAAAGCUCAAAGCAGAAAGAUAAACUAAGGAAAAUAGAAAAAGUUUCGGAAGUUCCUUCCCUCAGCUCAGACGAGGUGAAUGGAGAUAAUAAUGAACGAAAAUCGGUCACGGAGAUCCAUCAUUAUCACAAGGUAAUGUGA